AUGGCCUCCCUCCUCCGCACUGCAGGCCGUGCGCGGCCUGCAAUUGCCCGCUCGAUCGUGCGACCGACCUCUCGAAGCACGCCAAUUGCCCUCCAAAGACACUAUGCCUCCGCUGCAGCUGCCAGUGCUGUUGCUCCCAACAAUAGCACCCCUGCUCUAUUUCCAGAUGAGCCGUCAGGCCCAAUCAUCCGGACUGAGAUCCCCGGGCCAAAGAGCAAGGAUGCGGUUGAGAGGCUGGGCAAGGUGUUUGACACCAGGAGCUUGAACAUGAUGGCCAAUUACAAUCAAAGCUACGGCAACUACAUUGCUGAUCUCGACGGCAACGUUCUCCUCGAUGUGUACGCACAGAUUGCUUCCAUCCCCGUCGGCUACAACAAUCCUACCCUACAACUCGCAGCUACCUCGCCUGAAAUGGCCUCCGCCAUCAUCAAUCGCCCAGCGCUCGGCAACUUUCCCCAGCAUGACUGGGCUGAUAUCCUUGAAACCGGUAUCCUGUCCGUAGCCCCCAAAGGCCUGAAUCAGGUAUUCACAGCACAAGCCGGUUCCGAUGCCAACGAACUUGCAUACAAAGCCGCUUUCAUGUAUCGGCGCCAGCAAGAGCGUGGGGGCGCAAAUGUCGAAUUCUCCGAGGCUGAAAUGACUUCAUCCUUGACCAACCAGUCUCCCGGCGCACCCGAUCUCUCCAUCCUCUCCUUCAAGAAAGGCUUCCACGGCCGCCUCUUCGGCAGUCUGUCCACCACCCGCUCCAAGCCCAUCCACAAGCUCGACAUUCCCGCCUUCGACUGGCCAGUAGCCCCCUUCCCCGAUCUUAAAUAUCCUCUCGACCAGUACGCCGCAGAGAACCAAGCAGAAGAACAGCACUGCCUCGCCGAGACAGAGCGCCUCAUCUCAGAGUGGCACUCUCCGCCCGCCGCCGUAGUCGUCGAACCCGUCCAAUCCGAAGGCGGCGACAACCACGCUUCCCCCGCUUUCUUCCAAGGCCUCCGCGACAUCACCAAGAAGCACAACAUCCUCUUCAUCGUCGACGAAGUCCAAACGGGCGUCGGCGCAACGGGAAAAUUCUGGGCCCACGACCACUGGAACCUCGACACACCCCCAGACAUGGUAACCUUCUCGAAGAAGGCGCAAACCGCCGGCUACUACUUCGGCGACGACGCCCUCAAGCCCAACAAGCCGUAUCGCCAGUUCAACACGUGGAUGGGCGACCCCGCGCGCGCGAUCCUCUUCCGCGCUAUCAUCCAGGAGAUCGAGCGGCUGGAUCUCGUGCAGAACACUGCUGUCACUGGUGCGUAUCUGUACGAUGGCCUGCAGCGACUGAGCGAGCAGUUCCCGGGCGAAAUCCAGAAUCUGCGCGGGAAGGGCCAGGGGACUUUUAUUGCGUGGGAUAGCCCGCGGCGGGACGAGGUGCUGAAGAAGGCGAAGGGUGUGGGGAUUAACGUUGGGGGAUCGGGCGAGCGGGCAGUGAGGUUGAGGCCGAUGCUUAUCUUUCAGCAGAAGCAUGCGGAUCUGCUGCUUGAGGGGUUGGACAAGAUUUUCAAGUCCUAG